AAUGUAAUAUCAGUAACCUUAGUGUUCAUUAAUAUUAAAGGAAAUAACAUGUCGAGUUAAUUGACAAAAUUAAUAAAAGUUUAAAUUUUAUUGACGAUUAACAUAUUCGUUUAUGUGACAACUAUAAAUUAAUUUGUGUAAUCUCAAAUAGCAAAGGGUAUUUGAAAUGGAUAAUGACAGUGAUUCUGACGUGGGUGAUAUUUUGAAUGAUCUUUUAGCUAAUAAUGAUACAGAGGAAACCGAAGAAAAUGAAGUAUCACCGCCAAAACAGACCCUGAAGGAGUUGAAUUUUAACUUCUUAGAUAGUACACCUAAACUAACCGAUGAAGCCAAACAAAUUAAUCAGAAAGAGAAGAGUGAAAUUUAUGAUGACACUCUCGAUUCUUCAGACGACGAAGAUAAACGUUGUUUCGAGGAACAAAAUUAUUCGAAUUAUGGCCGUGAUGUGAAAUCUUUAUUGAAGGAUACUUCUAAGAUAUACGAAGAUAAACCCCUAUAUCGCGAAACAAGUAGCAAAACUUUUGAUUUUAGCACCACAAAACAGAGUACAAUAGUAAACUCAACAACUAAUAAUAGUCUUGCGCCGAAAGAUGUUUACAGCGAUCCAUUCUUUGGAUUAAGAAUCGUUACACCGAUGGUGUCUUCCAUAGAAUUAAAAGCACGUAUGAAUGGUAAAAUAGCAGUAUCGGUAUCGAAAGUUAAAGUUCACAUUAACACAGGAAAAACAGAUAGCGAUUGGGUAAUUGCAGGUGUACUAAUAAAUAAGUCUCUUCCGAAAACUUCACAAAAAGGUAGUAUGUAUAGUAUAUGGAAAAUAAGCGAUUUGUCUGAAAAUGUAAGUACAGUGUGCCUUUUCAUGUUCGGUAGUGCAUAUAAAAUGUUUUGGAAAACUGCCGUUGGUACUGUAAUAGGUGUUCUUAAUCCAAAUAUCCUAGAAUCUAAAGAAUCUUCCGAUUUAGCUACAUUGUCCGUUACUAAUCCUCAAAGAAUCAUGAUUCUUGGUAAAUCUAAAGAUAUGGGGCAAUGUAAAUCGACGAAAAAGAAUGGCGAUCGUUGUACCAGUAUUAUAAAUAUUAGUCGUUGUGAAUUUUGUGUGUAUCAUGUUCAGAAAGAAUAUAAGAAGUGCUCUCGAAGAGCAGAACUUCAAUCGUUUAGCAAUACACAGAAAUUUUCAGCUCAAACGUCAAAGAACAAAUCUCAACAACGAAAACCAUUUAAUAAUAAUUGGCCAGAAUUUAAUGGUGUACUCUCUGUAAAAAGUAAACAAUUAGAAGAAAAAGAUGCCAAACGUUUAGCAUUACUUUCGGGUUGUCAAAAGAUUGAAAGUACAAAAUUGAUGAACGAAAGGAAGUUACCUGAACAAACGAAAAAAGACUUUGAACAGAUGCAGAAAUCAAGGGGUUGGAAAGCUGCUGUAUUGUCUCAAUCGUCUGAAAAAGUAGAUGUACCUAUAUCGUCUGCGUUAUUGAAAUCGUAUGCCUGCAAACAAAACAAUAUAGAAAACAAAAAUUUAAAUAUGCUUUCUUCUUCGCCCACGAGUCCUCGUUUAGGUGUCGGUUGCCUCAAAGGAACUAUCGAUUUGUCAGCACCGAUCACUAAAAAACAAGUUAACACAGUUAAAAGUAAUGCAGUUAAAUGGGUUCAAGAAAACGGGAAAAUUAAACCCAAGGAUCCUAACAAAAUACGGUUGUAUAAGGAAGAAAAGAUGGGAAAAGGUAAAAAACGAAUCAGGGAAUCAGAAGUUUGCGCGGAACAAGAAAGAAAAAAACCGAAUAUCUUAUCAGACAAAUUUCAAGAACUGAUGCAAGCUAAAUCUGCACACACCGAUCUUAUCGAGAGAUCUUACGAGAAGGAGCAGGAGAAAUAUUUCAAUAAGUUAGAAAUUAAAGAAAAAAUGGAAGAGAAGAUGUUGACCACUUAUAAAGUAUCUUGCAAAGCCGUUAAAUGUUUAGUUUGUAAGUAUACAUCGUUUUCUGCUUCCGACAUGUGUAAAGAGCAGAAACAUCCAUUGCGUGUUACCGACGCGAUGAAAAGAUUCUUUAAAUGCGGUGAUUGCGGGAAUAGAACAGUAAGUUUAGACAGAAUACCUUCGCAUAGUUGUAUAAAAUGCGGCAGCUCAAGUUGGACAAGAGCUGCGAUGAUGGACGAAAGAAAAACAAAUAUCCUUACUAACCCAUUAUCUAUACGCGGAGAUGAAGAAUCUCGUCUAGGAUCAGUGACUAAAGACGCCAGUCUUAAUCUCUUAGUACCGGAUAAAGACGAUAAAUAA